AGGACGAGGCGCUGGCGGCGGAGGCGGUAGACGAGGAAGCGCUGGGCGUGCGGGAGCUGACGACCUUCGAGCUGUGCGCGCGCCUCGUGAGGAAGAAGUUCUUCCGCUACUGGGAGCAGCGGCAGCUGCGCGAGGGCCGCACGCUGUCCUCCUGCUCCAUGGAAAAGGUGCGGCCGGAGUGGAUGGACGGGCACUGCCUAUGCGCGCUGGCCGAGGUGCUGAAGCCGCGCCAGCUGGAGAAGCUGUCCAUCGACGGGCGGCGCGAGCGCGUGCGCGCCUUCUGCGAGGAGGUGGCGGCGGUGGGCGACGCGUCAGCGCGCCUCGUGCGCCCGCAGGGCGACCACGCGCGCUUCGAGCACCACGUCGUCGCCGAGUACCUCGCAGGGUACUGGCUCUCAGAGAAUUGGGAAGAGCGGCACGAGCGCAUAGUACGGGUGUACUUUUCGGAGGGGAUGGAGGAGCUGAGGACCGUCUUCGACAGGUUCAUGACGGCUGGACUUCCGCUGCACAAGAGCGUCCUGGACCGCACUAUCCUCAUGAAAAAUGAAGCUUGGGUUAGAGAGCAGGGGCUGGAGGCGGUGGACCGCGCGGGGCGCACGGCGCUGCACCUAGCUGCGCAGAGCCACCGCCCGGAGAUGGUGGCGCGCCUGCUGGCGGCCGGCGCGGCGCUGCACGCCAAGGAUAACCUGCUGGGCCGCGCGCCGCUCUACUACGCCGUCCGCGCGCGCAGCUGGGAGUGCGCCGCGGUGCUGGUGGCGCGCGGCGCGCAGCUCGACGCCGACGUCUCGGGCAGCCGCCGGGUGCAGCGCCUGCUGCCGCGCAACACGCGCAGCCUCGUCGCGCGCUACGAGAUCGACUGGCCGUGGGUGAAUGUGUUCGCAGAUGUUUUGUGGGCAGGGGAAUGGAUAGUGCUGCGCGUUGCUUCGUGGCAGUUAUUUAUGGCAGAACUGGGUGAUGAGGUUUCAGUUGCUUGGUGGCAGGUGCGUAAAGAUGAGUUGCCAGUUGACUUCGGCGCAGAUGAGGUUUAA